AUGAGGGCAAAAGUAGAAGAGGAGAUAGACAGGCUGCUGAAGGAGAACAUCAUAGCUCCCGUUAAAUACGCUGAAUGGGCCGUGCCCAUAGUUCCUGUCUUGAAGCCAAAUGGGUCGGUCCGAAUAUGCGGAGAUUACAAACUAACCGUUAACAGUGCCUCCUCACUAGAACAAUACCCUAUUCCCCGUGUCGAAGACCUGUUCAAUACUCUGUCAGGAGGAAAACAGUUCUCCAAGCUCGAUCUAAGCCACGCCUACCAACAGAUCGUAAUGGAUGAUGCCUCAAAGAAAUACCUCACAAUAAACACACACCGAGGCCUGUUCAACUACAAUAGGCUCCCUUUCGGAGUCUCAUCAGCUCCCGCCAUCUUCCAACGAACGAUGGAAAACCUGCUACAAGACCUUCCAAGAGUGGCUGUGUAUCUAGACGACAUUAUUCUGACGGGGAGAGAUGAAGUCGAACAUCUGAGAACACUGGAUGAGGUACUUAGGCGACUGAAAGACGCUGGCCUACGACUUCACAGAAGCAAAUGUGCGUUUCUACAAAAUGAGGUGGAAUAUCUAGGGCAUGUAGUUAAUGCUGAAGGCUUACAUCCUGUACAGAGCAAGGUGAGAGCCAUAGAGGAAGCUCCAUCUCCCACCACAGUAACUGAGCUAAAGGCCUAUCUAGGUCUUUUGAAUUAUUAUAACAAGUUCCUCCCUAGUCUAGCUACACGCUUAGCCCCGUUACACAAGCUGCUGAGGAAAGAUGUUCCGUGGGCCUGGAACAAGGAGCAGGAAGAAGCUUUCCAGAACUCAAAACAGUUGCUGAAUUCAGCUAAAGUCCUGGGUCACUAUUCAGCGGACAAAGAUUUAUUGCUUGCGUGCGAUGCCUCUCCAUACGGAGUAGGUGCCGUACUGUCACAUGUCAUGGAAGACGGUAGUGAGAAACCUUUAGGCUUCAUGUCACGCACACUAACACCAGCAGAGAAGCGCUACUCACAGCUCGAUAAGGAGGGGUUAGCCGUCAUUUUUGGGAUCAAAAGGUUUCACAAAUACAUCUACGGACGAACAUUCAAAAUCACCACUGACCACAAACCACUGAUAUCACUUUUUCAUGAGAAAAAGCCAGUGCCACAGAUGGGGUCACCAAGAGUACAGAGGUGGGUGACACUCCUCAGAGCUUAUGAGUAUAAGAUCAUAUACAAACCUGGCCAGGAACAUACAAAUGCAGAUGCACUGAGCAGACUACCACUGCCGCAAACAGAGGAAGAGGAUGAGACAGAGCAGGUCCUCAUGUUGGAGGUCAUGGAGGAUCCACCAAUCACGACAAAACAGGUUAGACAGUGGACAGCUAAGGACGAAACACUCUCCCAAGUGCUAGUAUGGUGUCUAAAAGGAUGGCCGAGGGAGGUGGAUGCAGUGUACAAACCCUACAGUCAGAUAAAACUGGAGCUGAGCGUGAAAGAUGGGUGUGUGCUCUGGGGGGCCAGAGUGGUCAUUCCGCAGAGGAGUAGGGAAGCCAUUUUAAAACAGUUACACCACACACACCCAGGAAUAUCGAGAAUAAAGGGCUUAGCACGUUCAUAUGUUUGGUGGCCGGGGAUGGACUCCGAAAUUGAAAAGGAAGUGCAGUCCUGCCAUACAUGUCAGGAAAGCAGGAACCCUCCAGCAGGAGCACCGCUACAUCCAUGGGAAUGGCCGGAGACACCCUGGAACAGACCCUGGAACAGAAAAUGUUCAAGACCUCCAUAA